CAAUUGCCUUUGCACUAUAUAUAUAUAAUGGCUCAAUGAUCACCUCACAAUGUACACAAAAAUUAAUAAGAAAAUCAACAUAUAUAUACAUAUACAUAUAUUUCCAUGGCUUCGACAUCUGUGAAAAGGUUAGAAGGAAAAGUAGCUCUAAUAACAGGUGCCGCCAGCGGCAUCGGCGAGGCGACGGCUAGGCUAUUUUCCGAACACGGAGCUAAGGUUGUAAUAGCCGACAUCCAAGACGAUCUAGGACAAAAAGUUGCGAAUGAUUUAGGCUCAUCCUCGGCGAUAUUUGUCCACUGCGACGUCACCAUAGAAUCCGACGUAAAAAACGCCGUUGACACUGCCGUCUCUAAAUUCGGCCGGCUCGACAUAAUGCACAACAACGCCGGCGUCGCGGGCGAGCCCAAACGGAGCAUUCUAGAAAGCACGCAAUCCGAUUUCGAGAAUGUCAUAAAAGUUAACCUGGUCGGUUAUUUUCUUGGUACUAAACACGCUGCCCGUGUAAUGAUUCCUAAUCGCAGUGGUUGCGUAAUAAUGACGGCUAGCGUGGCCGGCGUGGUCGCGGCCUCGGGCCCGCAUGCCUAUACGAGCUCGAAGUUUGGAAUAGUUGGACUUACUAAGAAUACUGCGGUUGAAUUGGGAAGUUAUGGAAUUCGUGUGAAUAGUAUUUCACCGUAUUUGGUGGAUACUCCUUUAGCGAGGGAUCUGGUUGGAAAUACAGAUAGUGCUUUUGAGAAUGCGUAUACUUAUCUUAAUGGGAAAAUUUUGACCAAGGAGGAUAUUGCUGAGGCCGCUCUAUAUUUGGCGAGCGACGAGGCUAUGUAUGUGAGCGGUCAUAAUCUUGUCGUCGACGGAGGAUUUAGCAUUGCGAAUCAACAAAUCAAUUAUUUUGCUCAAUCGAAUUGAAUUUGGGAGUUUGGUCGAUUUAUGAUUUGGCGUCGGGUGGCCGGGACAUGUCGAGUGACGAGUGAUUGUAGUUUGUCUUAAAUUUUUGUAUGUUAUAAUACUAUGUGUGCAUUUUGUUA